AAGAUGAAGACGUGUACCUCUGAAACGUCUGCCUGCCUUCAGUUACACGGCUGUACAGCCAAGAAGACUUCAUUCUUAAUAGUUACUUAUAGUUUUCAUUUGGAUGCUUAGCAUAUGAACUUUUCGAUGAUAGUGCGGAUGAGUCCUGUGUUAUCCGUGGAUUUAGCAUGUCAGAUGAGUCGAUAGUUACACGUGAUUGUGAAAUAUCGAUGUAACGGUGGUUGCCAGUCAUUGUAGUAGUUCACGUUUAUUGUUGUUAUUUAUCGUGUUUAUAGGAGUUACACAGUUAAAUCCGAAUCUUAUAAUUUUGAAUAUGGGUAGUGUUCGUGUAAUCAAUGAUGAUAGCCAUUUUCAAGGAGAAAUGUCCUCUUCGGGGACGAAAUUAGUAGUGGUGGACUAUACUGCUAGUUGGUGUGGCCCUUGCCAGAGGAUCGCCCCGGUGUUUGAACAGUUAGCAAGAAAGUAUCCGCGCGCCAUUUUCCUUAAAGUUGAUGUUGACAAGUGUCAAGAGACGGCAGCUAGCCAAGGGGUAUCUGCCAUGCCGACAUUUAUAUUCUACAGGAAUAAAACGAAAGUGGAUCGGGUCCAAGGGGCGGAUCCCACAUCCCUGGAGAACAAAAUUCAGCAAUACUAUGGUAGCGAGGAUUCAGAGGAUGGGGAUAGUGCAUUUCAGGGCCAUAUGGAUCUAUCAACAUUUAUCCAUAAGCAACAGUGUGAAUGUCUGAAUGAGUCGGAUGAUCAUCCAUUUGCUCACUGCUUGACUAGUGGUGGUGGAUACCUAAAAUCAGACUGUGAUGAACAGCUGAUCAUAUCUAUCACAUUCACACAGGCGGUGAAGGUGCACGCGCUGAAGUUCAAGGCUCCACAGGAUAAGGGUCCUAAGACAAUAAAACUGUUUAUAAAUCAGCCACGAACACUUGAUUUUGACAUGGCUGACUCAUAUCAAGCUGUUCAAGAACUUCAAGUUACCCCAGAAGAACUGGAAGGCACACCUGUAAAUCUGCGCUACGUCAAGUUUCAGAACGUUCAAAACAUCCAGUUAUUCAUUAAGGAUAACCAGAAUGGCAGUGAUACAACACAGAUUGAUCAUCUUGCUAUCAUUGGCUCACCCAUCUCAACCACCAACAUGGGCGAGUUCAAACGUGUUGCUGGCAAGAAGGGUGAAAGCCAUUAGAUGUGUUUCUGCAAGGAGAUUACUUGUCACCAUUAUAAAAUUCUUUGGGUUGUUUCCAUAUCUUGUUGUAAAGCAAUAUGAAAUAAAAGAUUGAAAAUUGUA